AUGUCUGACUCCAACCACACCUCCUUCUUCCUAACCAGCCUCCCAGGUCUUGAGGCUGUGCACACCUGGCUCUCCAUCCCGUUGUGCGCCAUGUACGUGGCAUCACUGGCAGGAAACAGCCUGAUCCUGAGGGUGGUGAGGUCAGAGCCCUCCCUGCACCACCCCAUGUACUACUUUCUGUCUAUGCUGGCUGUGACCGACCUGGGCCUGUCUGCCUCCACACUGCCCACCAUGCUCACCAUCUACCUGCUGGGUGUCAGGGAGGUGGCAGUAGAUGUGUGCCUGGCCCAGCUCUCCUUCAUCCACACUUUCUCCGUCAUGGAGUCCUCUGUGCUGCUGACCAUGGCCUUGGACCGUUUUGUGGCCAUCAGCCACCCUCUGCGCUAUGGCAUCAUCCUCACGAGUCCCAGGAUUGCCAUGUUGGGUCUGGGCGUGCUGGUGCGCAGCAUUGGUCUCCACAUCCCAGCCCCCAUUAUGCUGAGGAAGCUGCCUUACUGCAGGAAUCACCUGCUGUCUCACUCCUACUGCUUGCACCCCGACGUCAUGAAGCUGGCCUGUGCUGACACCCACGUCAACAGUGCUUAUGGUCUCUUUGUGGUGCUGUCCACGCUGGGUGUGGACUUGGUGCUCAUUGUCCUCUCCUAUGGGAUCAUCCUCCAGACAGUGCUGGCCAUUGCCUCCAAGGCUGAGCGCCUCAAAGCCCUUAACACCUGUGUCUCCCACGUCUGUGCUGUGCUGCUGUUCUACACACCUAUGAUCGGCCUGUCUAUGAUCCACAGAUUUGGAAGGGGGGCUUCCCCUUCCAGCCACAUGCUGCUCUCUUAUCUGCACUAUCUUACACCUCCAGUGCUCAAUCCAGUGGUUUACACCGUUAAGACCAAGCAGAUUCGACUGAGAAUGUUGAGGAUGGUUCAUUGA